CGAAAUUCGAAUUCCUUCUUCCCAUGAUGGGAUUCUAUCCGAUUUUCUGACCUUUCCAAAUGUUGAAAACCUACCGGCUUUCUCAAUCUGUUGUCUAUCAUUAGUAAUCCUUCAAAUUCAUCGCCGUUGCUCGCAGUGAUCCUCGCGGGGUUCUCACCGACUCUUGAUCGGCAACUGAGCGGGUUAAGUUCCGCAUCGACUGAUCCCGACGAUCACUGGUCGGAAUCUACAGAACUACGUACCCUGAAUACAUUCGAACCCACCCACUCGCCCUUGUUGCUUCAUUUAUUUCUAGGUAAAACUAUAUCCACACUCUCAGUGCGAUGGCUACCAUCCACGACAAUGACGAGCUUCUUUUAGCCCGCAUUGGCUACAAACAGGAAUUGAAACGCGAAUUCUCAAAAUGGUCCACCGUCUCUUAUGCCAUCUCCAUCCUAGGCAUACUAGGCUCAGUACCCGCCACUUUCGGCGCUCCCCUGGCCGCAGGAGGCCCAGCAACUGCAGUAUGGUGUUGGUUCGUGGGCUCUUGCAUGGCCUUGUGUAUCGGCAGCUCGGUGGCAGAGCUGGUCUCUGCGUAUCCUACUGCUGGGGGCAUGUACUUCGUCACCAAGCAUGUAGUUCCAGAUGAACAUGUGCCUAUCUUCUCCUGGGUACAGGGGUGGUGUAACCUCCUCGGCCAGACGGCGGGAGUGUCCAGUGUCGCCUAUACUGUCAGCCAGAUGUUACUUGCUUGCGCGAGUAUGAAUUCGGAGCUGGUGGAUGGGGAGUAUUCAUACUCACCUUCUGCAUUGGAUACGGUGCUCUUGUCUGUGAUAUUGCUCUGCCUACUGGGUGUGAUCUGCUCAAUGACCACCAAAUCUCUGCACCAGAUCUUCCUUUGGUUUGCCCCAAUAAAUAUUGCCGCGACCUUCUGUAUCUGCUUCUCCCUGUUAUGGUUCACCCCCCAGAAGCAACCAGCUACCUGGGUGUUUACUCACUUCACAGAUGGAUCCGGAUGGGGAUCAAAGGUAUUCUCAUUCCUACUAGGCUUCAUCUCAGUUGCAUGGACAAUGACCGACUACGACGGAACCACACACAUGUCCGAAGAAACCCACAACGCAGCAGACCUUGGCCCCCUAGCCAUCCAAUGGGCCGUGAUAGUAUCCGGCAUACUCGGCUGGAUUUUGACUAUAUCAAUGUGCUUCUGCCUCACCGACUACGAAGGCAUCCUCAACACCCCCACCGGCCUCCCAGCAGCCCAGAUCUUCCUUAAUGCCGGAGGCAAGCUAGGCGGCUCAGCGAUGUGGGGACUAGCAAUCCUCGUACAGUUCUUCACCGGCUGUUCCGCCAUGCUAGCAGACACUCGAAUGGCCUACGCAUUUGCUCGUGACGAAGCCCUACCCUUUUCUUCCUUCCUCUCCCAAAUAAACCCAUACACCCAAACCCCCGUCAAUGCCGUCUGGUUCGUCGUCUUCUUCAGCAUCUGCCUGAACUGCAUUGCCAUCGGCUCGACCCACACCGCCACCGCGAUCUUCAGCAUCACCGCGCCAGCAUUAGACCUCUCCUACGUGUCUGUAAUAUUGGCACACCAGAUAUACAGAAAACAGGUCAAGUUCAUCGAGGGACCGUUUACGUUGGGGCGAUGGGGACCGUACAUCAACUGGGUAUCGGUAAUAUGGGUGAUGUUUAUCAGCUCGGUGCUGUUCUUUCCGCCGACGGUGCCGGUGACGGUGUCGAAUAUGAACUACGGUAUCUGCGUCGGUAUUUUCAUCGCUGCGUUUGCGCUGGUUUGGUGGUGGGUUGCUGCGAGGGGGAGAUACACUGGCCCUCGAACAACGGAGCAUAUGCAACCUAUUCCGGCUGAGGAAGCAGGUCUUGACUAUGGGACUAUGCAGUGAUAGAUGGACACUAUCUCUCCUGUUCCACACACUGAAAACUCCAAACGUAACCAUCCAUUCUGGAACAGACUCCAGCAGCUGAAUGGUACCUUACCCCUGAGAACAGAUAUAGAUCGAAUAGAAUAGACUUAGCUUAGCUCCUU